UCCAUCUUGUGAAAGGUGAAGCAUUUUGGAAGGAUAUGUGCAUGCAACCACAACUCUGAUGUGGGUGCACAUGAAGACUUAGCCCCAUUCAUCUCUAAGAUCUCUAUAUAUACAGGGAGGAGUCUUCCUCUCUCCUUCCUCUCUCUUUCUCGUAUUCAGACAACUCUAUAUAUAUUGCAUGCAUGUCAAGCAAAUGGCAGGGAAGCUCGGCAAGCUCAAAUGCAUGCUGAAGAGAUGGCAUUCCCGCAGCCGCCUCCACGCAGGCAGCCCCUCUGCGGCGGUGCGGUCCCACGACGACGAGAACUCUCCGACCGACCUCCACCCUGUCUACGUCGGUAAGUCCCGCCGGCGAUACCUAAUCAGUUCCGACCUCGUCGGCCACCCUCUCUUCCAGGUCCUCGCGCAGCGAUCCGUUAACCCAGACGGUGGAAAGGUCGUCGUCGAUUGCGAGGUCGUGCUGUUUGAGCACCUCCUCUGGAUGCUCGAGAACGCUGAGCCGCCGCCCGAGUCCAUCGACGAGCUGGUGGAGUUCUACGCCUGCUGCUGAUCGGCUGAUCCAUCCAUGCAUGACCGUUGUCGAGUGCUAUCCGCAUUAGCCAUUUCAGUCUAAUGCGAGAUGAUGAUGAGAGUUGUAGGGCCUGGAGAGUUGUGAGAGGACAUGAUCCACCACCACCACCUCUCCUGUUCAUGGCUUUGUACAUCUUCUGAUGUAAUGUUCCCCUACAGAUAAUAAACUUAGUAUAUCAAUCUGUGAUGUCACACACAAUCUUCUUUGACGUUAAUCUAUGUAAUCUGCUUAUUUACUUGACUCUUACAUAACUUGAA